AUGGCCAGCCAAGCUCCUGCCGACAACGCGGCUGCCCCUCAGGAACUGCCUGACCGCACCCAGAACCCCGCUGGAGAGGCUCCCCAGGGCGAUGUCUCGAAGAACGCCGCAAAGAAGGCCGCCAAGCAAGCAGAGAUGGCUGCUAAGAAGGCUGAAAAGGCCGCGAAGGCUGGAAAGUCUGACAAGGGCCAGAAGUCCGCUGGCAAGGGACCGAAACAAAACCCCGAUAAGGCUUUGAUUGGUAUCGACGUGAGCAAGAACGUGGACUUCCCAGGCUGGUACCAGCAAGUCCUCACUAAGGGUGAUAUGCUCGACUACUACGAUGUCUCCGGCUGUUACAUUCUGAAGCCUGCCUCGUACUCCAUCUGGGAAGAGAUCCAACAGUGGUUCAACCAGCGCAUCAAGAAGAUUGGCGUCAAGAACUGUUCUUUCCCCCUGUUCGUCUCUGAGGAUGUUUUGCAGAGAGAGAAGGACCACAUCGAGGGCUUCGCUGCUGAGGUUGCUUGGGUGACUCACGCUGGCUCUACCCCGCUCGAGAAGAAGAUUGCUAUUCGUCCCACGUCCGAGACUGUCAUGUACCCCUACUACGCCAAAUGGAUCCGGAGUCAUCGAGACCUUCCUCUCAAGCUCAACCAGUGGAACUCGGUUGUUCGAUGGGAGUUCAAACACCCCCAGCCAUUCCUUCGAACCCGAGAAUUCUUGUGGCAGGAAGGACACACCGCGCACCUGACUCAAGAGAGUGCUCACGAGGAGGUUAUGUACAUCCUUGACCUCUACGAGCAAAUCUAUGAGGAACUCCUGGCUGUUCCUGUAGUAAAGGGUCAGAAGACUGAGAAGGAGAAAUUUGCGGGUGGUCUCUACACCACAACUGUGGAAGGAUACAUCCCGGCUACUGGUCGCGGUAUCCAGGGUGGUACCUCUCACGGUCUCGGCCAGAACUUCAGCAAGAUGUUCGGUAUUACCGUUGAGGACCCAUCGGCGAAGGGUGACGAGAAGAAGCCCCCUCUCCAUGUCUGGCAGAACUCGUGGGGUCUGUCUACCCGUACCCUAGGUGUCAUGGUCAUGAUCCACAGUGACGACAAUGGCUUGGUCCUUCCUCCCCGUGUUGCUGAGACCCAGGUCGUCGUUGUCCCUGUCGGCAUCACCGCUAAGCUCACUGAAGAAGACCGCGCCAAGCUCUACGCUGAAGUCGAUAAGCUUGUCGAGACUCUCACUGACGCUGGUGUCCGCGCCAUCGGCGACAAGCGUGAGGGAUACUCUCCUGGCUGGAAGUUCAACGAGUGGGAGCUCCGUGGUGUUCCUCUGCGCAUCGAGUUCGGCCCUGGGGAGUCCGCGGGCAACUUCGUCUCCACUGCCCGUCGUGACAUCCCAGGCAAGGAUGGCAAGGGCUCGAUCCCCAUCCCCGAACUCUCCGCCGCCGUCCCCGCUCUCCUCGAAACCAUCCAGAAGGACAUGUUCAAGCGCGCCGACGACCUGUACCGCAGCCACCGCAAGCUCAUAACCAACUGGGACGAAUUCACCCCCGCCCUCAACGACAAGAACAUCUGUAUCAUCCCCCACUGUCUCACUGAGGAGUGUGAGGACCAAAUCAAGGAUAUGAGCGCCCGCAAGGCCGAGGAGGACUCCGGCGAAGCCCAGGACUCUCGUGCUCCUUCCAUGGGUGCCAAGUCCCUCUGCAUUCCCUUCGACCAGCCUGAGGGCAUUGUCCCAGGCGAGACAAAGUGCACUAACCCAAAGUGUACCCGAUUCGCCGAGAAGUGGUGCAUGUUCGGCCGUAAGCUCACCUCACCCCGAAUAUCAGCAACCAAGAGACCUGAAUACUGA